AAUUUGGGCAUAUUGGUCCAAUCCCAGAAAGCAAAUGCCAUUGUAUAUAGGGAGGCGGGUCUGAAUUUUCAUUAUACAUGACAAGCGGCGACUCACGGAAUUUAAAAAGCAAAAAACCAGAGCAUACAUACAUACCAUUCUUACUGUAUUUCCAGAUUGCUUCGUUAUUUUCCCAGACACCAACUUAUUGUUUCCUGUGUUUUCUUCAAGAAAAUUGUAAAUCCCUUUAUUCCCUUAGAAUCAAUCUCUCUCUCUCUCUCUCUCUCUCUCAUUUGGUGGUUUUCCACACUUUACUUCCUCGCAACUCUUUCACUGUUGUCAUCCAUACUCGAACAAAAUGUGUUAACAGACCUUUUAAUGUUUAGAGUUCCAACUGUUCUAGAGCUUGAAAGUGGAUUAAUGGGAUGCCGGGCAAUUUGGUGUUCAAAAUGUUGAAAUGGGUGCUUGUGUUGUCAUUUCUCCUUUAACGCUACGUUGGAGUUUGUAAUUUUAAGUUUGACUUAUUUUUAUGGCUAUAAAUCAACAAAUUGUUCAAUAUUGACUUGAGUUCUUGAAUUUGAUUGUCCUUUCUUGACUGAGUCGUCCUCUCCUAAGAUUGUUGGGUCAUUUGCAGGUUUGCUAAAUGGCUUGGAUAAUUGAAUAGGGAAUACUAAAUUGUAAUUGAGGAGAUGAAAGGCGAGCCAGUUGGACUGAUCAUUGGGGUUUCUAUAGGGGUAGUGAUUGGAGUGCUUUUGGCAAUUUCUGGGUUCUUCUGCAUUAGGUACCAUAGGAAGCGUAUGCAAAUAGGGAACAGCAGUUCUCGAAGGGCAGCAAAUCUUCCUAUUCGUGCUAAUGGCGCCGACUCUUGUACAAUUUUGUCAGACUCGACACUUGGUCCAGACUCACCUGUCAAAUCUGAACGGACUGGUGGUUCCUUCUGGCUUGUUGAAGGAUUUAAGAGGAGUAAUGUAGUCUCAAUGUCUGGAAUACCCGAGUAUUCUUACAAGGAUCUGCAGAAAGCAACCUAUAAUUUUACAACAUUGAUAGGGCAAGGUGCAUUUGGUCCUGUGUACAAAGCUCAGAUGUUAACGGGUGAGACUGUUGCCGUUAAAGUGCUUGCAACUGAUUCUAAGCAAGGGGAGAAAGAGUUUCAGACAGAGGUUAAGUUAUUGGGAAGAUUGCAUCACAGGAACCUCGUGAACUUAAUUGGAUACUGUGCAGAAAAAGGCCAACAUAUGCUUAUUUAUGUCUACAUGAGUAAAGGGAGUUUGGCCUCUCAUUUGUAUGAUGAAAAGAAUGACCCAUUGAGCUGGGAUUUGAGGGUUCAUGUAGCUUUAGAUGUUGCAAGGGGCUUGGAGUAUCUUCAUGAUGGAGCAGUUCCUCCUGUAAUACACCGGGAUAUCAAAUCCAACAAUAUCCUGUUGGAUGAAUCCAUGAGAGCCAGGGUAGCUGAUUUUGGACUUUCAAGAGAAGAGAUGGUGGACAAACAUGCAGCUAUUAGGGGAACCUUUGGCUAUCUAGAUCCCGAGUAUAUCUCUACUAGAAAUUUCACCAAGAAAAGUGAUGUUUACAGCUUUGGAGUUCUGCUGUUUGAACUCAUAGCUGGAAGAAAUCCUCAACAGGGUCUGAUGGAAUAUGUGGAGCUUGCGGCAAUGAAUACGGAGGGGAAAUUUGGGUGGGAGGAAAUUGUGGAUUCCCGUCUUAAUGGGAACUUUGAUGUGCAAGAGCUCAACGAAGUGGCAGCUCUUGCAUAUAAAUGUGUCAGCCGCUCCCCAAAAAAGCGGUCUUCCAUGAGAGACAUUGUACAAGUGCUAUCACGAAUGCUGAAAGUGAGGCACAAUAGAAAGCACCAUGCGAAAUCAUUGUCAUCCACAGCAGGGGAAGUUAUGAUUGACGUGAACCAACCAGAAACCAAAAUUCAAAUGGCUGAACACCAAAGAGAUGAGUCUAUGGACAGCACAGCCGAUACAUAUGAUUUAUAGGCUUUAGUUUUUGCAUUUGUUCAUUCAUUCUGGUUCUUGUAUUGUUGGCUUUGCCUUUUGAUAUAUGUGCAGUCUUUAAUGGGAUUGAAACAGCAGAUAGUGUAAUUCUGAUGUCUGCUCAAGUGACAUAGGAUUUAGUUCAGCCUUCUUUGUACACAGCUUUUUUUUUCUUUUUUCUUUUUCCGUUUUCCCCUGUUUGCUCAAAGGACAGAUUCCAGAUUUAUAUACCAUGCUUGGAGCAAUUGAAAUGUAGGAAAA